AGCACAUUACCGUGACAGUCAGUGCCUACUCUUCCUCGUUAGUUAGCUCACAUCUGAACCGCUAGGCCUUAUUUUAUUCAACUUGGACACGGCCUGGAAAUACGCGACUUAGGUCAGGUGCAAAGUUGGCUUUUAUUCUAUAAGCCCUUUGUGCAGCGCGCAUAGACUCGGAAAUGCCAUCACCAGAUGCACACCUUGCUGUGCACUUAUAGUGGCACCAUAUUACGUGUUUUUAUUUAUUUUUAUUUAAAAAGCUAGCUAUCAAUCAAAUCGAUAGUACGAGCCUGUCGUCUUUGUGAGGUUGUCCUUUUGAUGGGUACCAACCUUACUCCUAAAGAGACGAUACUACAGGAAAGACCAACCCGCUUCUCACACGCAUGUAACCACAGCAUCGCAGCAAUGGAGGCACGGGGUAUACUUCUCAUGGCUGCACCGCAAUCUCUCCUUCUCGGGUCGAUCUCUAGACUGGUAUAUCCCAAGCUUGCCCUAUAAGCACACGUCUUCUGAAACUGAGCACUGUUACAAUCUUUUGGACUAUGCUGAAAGGUAAACCUUUCUUUUCUGCCUCGCUACUAAAUUCAGUGGAUCAGGCCUUCUCUUACGACCUGCAUG